UUUUCAUCGUCGAAGCCACCAUUUGGCAAAUCGGAAAGCUCCUGCGACGCAACCACUGUUUCCAGUUAAACCGGAGAUUGAAAAUGGCAUGGAUCGGACAAUUAUCAAAGAAUCUGAAAGAGCUCCGAGUUCUCUUUUGUCAAACUUCACCUGGCAGUUCUUCCGCAAGGGCGUUUGUUGAGAAGAAUUACAAGGAAUUGAAGAAAGCAAACCCUAAGUUGCCUAUACUGAUCCGCGAAUGCAGCGGCACCGAGCCUCAGCUGUGGGCGAGAUACGAUAUGGGAGUUGAGAGGGGUAUUCGUUUGGAAGGGAUGUCGGAGGAUCAAAUCUCAAAGGCAUUGCAGGAUCUUGCGAAAGGAGGGUCAUCCCUUAAAUCCUAAACCAUUUGUCACUCCAUCUUUUGCUUCUUUUCAAGAUGAAUAAUCCCGAUAUCAAUGGGUGGUGAUGUCAUUUUCUUCUGAUUUUAGCAAACCCUAAAGUGGAUUUUGUAAUGCAAUAUCAACAUUUCUAAAUUGAAAACCGUGAAAUUUGCGUGCGUUGUUUUA